AUGACACUUGAAAAUUGUGAAGGUUUCAAGAUGCCAUGUUCUUUACAGCAUAUAAAAGAUAUCGAAAUUGAAGAACCUACAAAUGGAGGAGAAUAGAAAAUAUAAGAUACUGAAAAGACCUAGCUAAAAGUUAAGAAUAAACAUUAAGAUCUAAUCAAGAAUGCUGUGAAAUCUUAUUGUAAUAUGGAAUAGAGAAAACAUAGUUAAUAAGAGAGAUCAAGAACCUUAUAAAGGAGAGAAUCUAGAGAGAAAGUAGUGAAGGAAGUUAAAUAAAAUUUUAGGCACGUCUAUAUAUUUGCUAUUAUUGGAUUAUGCAUGAUUACUUUGAUCUUUUUGAUUUUAUAAUGA